AUGGACAAGGACAAGCUUGCCCAACUGCUGCAGGCCAGCCAAGUUCCCAACACGGAGACGGUCAAGGCCGUGACCGCCGACCUCCAGAAGAAUUACUACUCCAAGACCGAGUCGCUCAUCCUCCUGAUCGAGGUCGCCCUCACCCACGAUGAGGGUGGCAUCCGACAGCUCGCUGCUGUCCAGGCCCUCCGUCUUGUCCCGAGGCACUGGGAGGCCACCCCGCAGGACAAGAAGCCCCUCGCUCGCUCCCAUCUGCUCGAGGGCGCCCUCAAGGAGUCCUCCUCCAACAUCCGCCACUGCCUGGCCCGUCUCGUCGCCGGCAUCGUCGGCGUCGACAUGGAGCAGGGCGACGGCGACGACUUCCUGAAGCAGCUUCUGCCCCUCAACAACAGCAACAACGUCGUCGCUCGCGAGGUUGGAUCCUACAUCCUCUUCGCCAUGCUCGAGGAUGACCCGACGCACUUCAGCGACCACACCCACCAGCUUCUUCAGCUCUUCCAGGCCCGCAUCGAGGACCCCGAGAGCAAGGAGGUCCGCCUCAACGUGGUCCAGGCCAUCGGUGCCAUCCUCAUGAUCAUCGAGCCCGAUGAGGACCCCAAGGCCGUCGAGGCCAUCCAGGCCUUCAUCCCGAGCAUCGUCAACAUCCUCAAGGCCACCGUCGAGGCGGCCGACGAGGAGAGCUACAAGACCGUCUUCGAGGUCUUCCACUCCUUCCUCGCCUUCGACUCCGCCAUGCUCGCCCUCCACCUGCGUGACCUCUUGCAGUUCAUGAUCGACCUCGCCGGCAACGCCAACGCCGAGGACGAUGCCCGCACCCAGGCCCUCGGCUUCCUCAUCCAGUGCGUCCGCUACCGCCGCAUGAAGAUCCAAGGCAUGAAGGGCAUGGGCGCCGAGCUCAUGGUCAAGGCCAUGCACAUCAUCACCGCCCUCGACACCGACGACGAUGACGAGGACAUGACCCCUGCCCGCACCGCCAUCAGCCUCGUCGACGCCCUGUCCAACGAGCUGCCCCCGCGCCAGGUCAUCGUCCCCCUGCUGGACCAGUUUCCCUCCUUCGCCACCCACCAGGACCCCGGCUUCCGCAUGGCCGCCAUGCUGGCGCUCGGAAACGCCGCAGAGGGAGCGCCUGACUUCAUCUCGACGCAGCUGCAACCCCUGCUGCCGUCCAUCAUCAACCUCAUCUGCGACGCCGACGACCGCGUUAGGCACGCCGCCCUCGUCGGCCUCAUCCACCUCGCCGAGGAGAUGGCCGACGAGAUGGCUUCCCAUCACGAGCAGAUCAUCGCCGCCGUCCUGAAGAACCUCGAGGCUGCCUCGCAGGGUCCCUCGGACAACAAGAAGAACGUGGCCAUCAUCCGCUGCGCCUGCGGCGCCUUGGAUACCUUUGGCGACGGCAUCGACACCAAGAUCAUGGCCCAGUACGGCCCGAACCUGAUUGGUCCCAUGGUCAAGCUCCUCGAUCACGAGGACUACGGCGUCAAGGCUGCCGCCGCCUCCGCCAUCGGCGCCAUCGCCUCGUCGAUGGAGAAGACCUUUGAGCCCUACUUCGAGGGCGUCAUGAAGGCCCUCGGCAAGUUCGUCAUGAUCAAGGACAGUGAGGAGGCCAUGGAUCUGAGGAGCUCCACCUGCGACAGCCUGGGACGCAUCGCCACCGCCGUCGGCGCCGAAGCCUUCCAGCCCUACGUCCUCGACCUCAUGACGGCGAGCGAGGAGGCCCUCGGUCUCGACAACCCCCGCCUGAAGGAGACGAGCUUCAUCCUGUGGUCCAACCUGUCCAAGGUCUACCACGAGCAGUUCGACCACUUCCUCGACGGCGUCUUCAAGGGCAUCUUCGCCUCCCUCCAGCUCGAGGAGGAGGAGAUUGACGUGCCCGGCAUCGACGCCAGCCAGCUCUCCGACGGCGCCGUCGUCAUCGGUGGUAAGCGUGUCAAGGUCAAGGUUCCCGACAACCAGGACGACCUGAUCAUCGCCACCGGCGGUGACGACGACUGGGACGAGAUGGAAGACUUUGACGACCUCGGCGCCGUCACCGCCGUCGCCCUCGAGCAAGAGAUUGCCCUCGACGUUCUCGGCGACGUCAUCUCCAACUCGUGCAACAGCAGCAACCUCGAGGCCUACGCCAUGAAGGCCAUGCAGACUGUCGUGCCCUUUGCCGAGCACACCUACGAGGGCUGCCGCAAGACGGCCAUCUCGACCCUGUGGCGCAUCUACGCCCGCGUCUUCCAGGUCUGGGAGGAGAGCGCCGGCGUGAAGUGGCAGGCCGGCCUGCCGCCCAACCCGACUCCGCCGCCGUCGAUUGCCAAGAUGGCCGAGGCCUUGCACAAGGCGACCAUGAGCAUAUGGACCGAGGAUGGCGAGCGGACUGUCGUCACCGACAUCAACCGCAAUGUCGCCGCCACCCUCAAGGCGUGCGGCCCCGCCGUCUUGCUUGCCGAUGGGGGCUUCCUGCAGGAGAUGGUGUCCAUUGUCAGCCUCAUCAUCACUCGCUCGCACCCCUGCCAGCAGGAUCUGGGUGAUGAGCUGGAGGACCUCGAGACGGACGAGGGCCAGUCCGAGUUUGACUGGCUCGUCAUCGACACGGCCCUUGACGUUGUCGUCGGCCUCGCCGCCGCCCUCGGCUCCGACUUUGGCGAGUUGUGGAAGAUCUUCGAGAAGCCUGUGCUCAAGCUGGCCAGCUCCACCGAGGAUCUGCACCGCUCCACCGCCGUCGGCACCAUUGCCGAGAUGACCAAGUACGUCGGUGCCGGCAUCACACCCUUCACCGAAUCGGUCUGCCAGGCCCUGGCGCGCCGCCUGUCGGAUCCUGACCCUCUGGCCAAGUCUAACGCGGCCUAUGCCAUGGGUCUGCUGAUCCUGAACUCCAACGACACGAACAAGACGAUCCCCCUGUACCCUCAGCUGUGGGAGAAGCUUGAGCCGCUCCUAUCCCUGCAGGAGAUGCGCAUGACGGAUAACGUAUCCGGUUGCCUGUCCCGAAUGAUGAUGAAGCAUCCCGACGGCGGUUUUGUCGCUCAGGCGCUGCCCGCCAUUGUCAACGUCCUUCCCCUGACCGAGGACUACGAGGAGAACGAGCCGAUCUUCCAGAACAUCUACAAGCUCUAUGAGCAAGGCAACGAAACGGUCCAGCAGCUGACGCCCCAGCUGGUUGGCAUUUUCGAAAAGGUCAUGGCCGCGCCGGAGGAUCAGCUGGAGAAUGAUACCCGGGAGAUGCUGCGGAGGACGGUGCAGAUGCUGUACAAGGCGAAGCCAGACUUGGUGUCUGCCAAUUUGCUGCAGCUGGCUGGCGCGCAGUAA